AUGCCACGUCCUGUCCCAUCACAAACGGGUCUACAAAACGCAGCCCCCUUCGAUAUUAGAGAACGGGAAUUAUAUAAAUACUCACCACCGCACCAUCCGAGCGCGCACACACUGCAACAUGUCGGUCGAGACACCUCAACGGAAUCUGUUGCUCAGUCAUCUUCAGAUCCUAUUCUGACUGCACUUGCCCAACUUGGCGCAUUGCGACUGAAUGCCCAGCGCGCGUUGAUUUCGCUUUUUGGUCGACACGAGCAGCAUGUUAUUGCCGAAAGCACUCGGACUUUAUGUUUGCAGGAUAACGGGGAUAAGAAUUUCUGUGAUGAGCUUUGGGUUGGUAGUUGCACGAUGGCCUAUGACCGCAGCUUCUGCAAAUCUGUUUUAAAGCCCCCGCCAUCCGCGCAAACCCUUGGUGAUGGGGUGAUCGUUGUGCCAGACCUCUCACAAGAUAACGAAUUCAAGGAACAUCUAAAUGUCACGGGCUACCCAGAUAUUCGCUUCUUAGCAUGCAGUCCUAUUGUCAGUCCGAAAGGCAUCGUGAUUGGCUCCUACACUAUCCUGGACAAUAAACCGCAUGAGCCGCUCGGCACCGAUCUAGUCAAAUUCAUGACAAGUAUAGCAGCCACCACCAUGGAUUAUUUGAGAACAACCCGCUCAAAAGCCCAACAUGACCGAAGCGAGCGCAUGAUUAUCGGACUUGGGAGCUUUCUAGAGGGGAAAGGCAGCCUCCGCAACUCAUGGCUCGGCGCAACCGAGGACCCCCAGCUCCCAGAUCAAGACAAAGAUCAUGUGGAGGGACAUGUCAAUCAGGAGCAACAGGAAAAACAAGUUUUGGAUGAUACGACCCAAUCCUUGACGGAAAGUAGCGCCCAAAGCGAUCUGUUUCUCCGCCCAAAGAACUUUGAUACGCCCCGGAACCAGAAAAUCCACACCCGCAGCGAGCAAUCAGAUUUUCCAGUCAGCUUAGGCUUAGAUACUAGUAAGACAGAUCAUCCUAUGUCGAAGUCGACGAAUCAACGCGCACCCAAAGCGAGUAUUGCAGGAGGCGACACGGGGAUCCGACAACAAUCAGCAAAGGGAAGCUAUACGACUAGGGUGAAGGAGGCGUUUUCGCGGGCUGCCAAUCUCCUUCGCGAAAGUGUCGAAGUCGAGGCGGUUGUCUUUUUUGACGCAAAUUUCGGCUCUAAUGAGGACUUGAUGCAUAAUACCAAGUCUGACGUUGAAAAUAGCGGUCUGGAAAGUUGUUCUUCAAGUGACGAAGAAUUGAACCCUCGAAAAGCCUUUACACGAUUUGACCGUUCCACAACAAAGGCAUACACCCCUGAAGAAGCCCCGUCAAACUUAUGCGAAAUACUCGGAUUUGCAACUUCGAUGACCUCCAGUGUGAAUGACCAGGGGACGGCCGAUAGUAAAAUUGCUCUAUCUGAGUCCUUCCUCCGAGGCCUCCUGCGCCGAUAUCCUCAAGGCAAGAUCUUCAAUUACGGUGAAAAUGGGUCGAUUUCAUCUCCCGACACUAGUGAUGGUGUUUUUAAAAGUUUCACCCAGCCCAAGAAGUAUAAAAGAACACGGCGGGCGAUCCUGCGCCAGGAUGCUGCGACACUUCUACAGCUUGCUCCCGAUUCCCGAAGUAUCAUUUUCUCGCCGCUGUGGGAUUCACAUAAAGGAACGUGGUACUCAGGCAGCCUGGCGUGGACAAGAACACCUCAACGUGUUUUUACUUCUGAUAACGAGCUAUCGUUCAUGUUUACGUUUGGAAAUAGUAUUAUGGCAGAAGUGCACCGCCUGGGCGCCCGAUUUUCUGAGCGUGCAAAGUCGGACUUACUAGCAGGGCUGAGCCAUGAACUUCGUUCUCCUCUUCAUGGUAUUUUCGGCACGGUAGAGCUCUUGAAUGAUACCAUUAUUAGCGCGCUACAGCAGGAAUUAGUACAUACCAUUUCGUCUUGCGCAUUCACUCUACUGGACUCGAUUAAUCAGCUUCUUGAAUAUGCCAGCAUUAACGAUGUUGGACCGAAUUCUGGCACAGCAAAAUGGUCGGAUGGCUCUGGCCAUAACCGCCCAACUGGUGAGACGCUGGCUGGUGCUGGGCAGGAUUCACAAACAGAAAACGUCGAUCCGCGCGCUUAUGUCGAGCUUGAUGUUGUGGUGGAAGACACCAUAGAAAGCGUCUUCGCCGGCUAUUCUUUUGUCGACACCCCUCGCUCCCCUGUUGGAGGCUUCACCGGCGCAUCCUACGGGGGGAAACCAACCAACACGCAGGGUGAAGAAGUCAAGGUAAUUCUUGAUAUCGACCACGCCCGAAAUUGGAAGUUUUCAGCCCGCCCCGAACCCUUGCGCGUGGUCCUCAUGAAUAUUUUUGGAAAUGCCUUGAAGUUCACUCAAUAUGGAUAUAUCUACGUUUCUUUAAACGCCACCGCAAUCACCUUCCAAGAGGAUGGUGAGCCUACUCGGUCAAAAGUUACGGUGACGGUCAGAGACACUGGAUGCGGUAUUGAACAAGAGUUCUUAAGGAACCACCUAUUUAGUCCUUUUUCGCAAGAGGAUAGCAUGACGACUGGAAAUGGCCUAGGACUUAAUAUCGUUCGCCGAAUUGUAUCAUCACUUGGUGGCGAUAUUCGGGUAGAUUCCCAGAAAAAUCUUGGUACGGAAGUCUCAAUUACUAUCACCCUCGAUCAUAUCCCCAGGCAGUUCUCCGAGCCCGACACUGCGGACAGCCUGAAGAAAUACUCUACCGUCAGGGUGGUGAAAGACCUUUUGUAUAAGAAAACCAUUGGGAUCUUAGGUCUCGGACCUUCUGAGCUGGAUGCAACUCUGGGUUUGUCUUUGCAGAGGCUGUGUCGAAACUGGCUUGGCAUGGACGUUCAUUUAGCUGUACCUUCGGAAACACAAUUUCCCCAAUGUGAAUUUUACAUUGUGUCCGAAAAAUCCCUGGACAUGAAGAAUAUGCAGAUCAAGCCAAUUGCAUCGGCUACAAACCAACUCUCCUCGCCUGUCAUCAUCUUGUGUUCGUCUCCACGAAUCGCGCGCUCAAUGUUUGUGGCAGCUAGGAAGCGAGUAGAAACGGAAGUUCUCGAGUUCAUUAGCCAACCAUGUGGACCACGCAAGUUGGCAAAAACAUUGGAAAUCUGCAUUAAACGUCAACAGCGGGGGAUUGACGGGACUGAUGGAAGAAUAGAAAGGUUAUCGGGCACCUCACAGCCUCCAACACCUAAUGUGUGUGAGAGAUGGUCGUUUCUCAACGUGUCAAAUCCAGAGAACAGCGGACAACCCAGGAUCAAAGUGACCGGAGAUUCCGCACCGACAUCCAGCCAAGUCUCGAAAAAUCCACCUGAACAAUUGAGACCGAGAGAAAAGAUCGAUAAAUCUCGUAUUUCCACACCCGUGGUUGGUUCCACUAUAACAGACUCCGGUGGAACACCCCAGCCUCAACAGAGUUCCUCAGUAUCUGUCCUCCUCGUGGAUGACAAUAAUAUAAAUCUCAAAAUUUUGAUCGCGUUUAUGAAAAAGCUGAAGUGUGAUUAUACAGUCGCACAAAAUGGGCAAGAAGCUCUUGAGGUCUUCCAGGCAAAUGCUUCCAAAAUUGGAGUUAUUCUUAUGGAUAUUUCCAUGCCAAUAAUGGACGGCCUUGAAGCAACCCGGCGAAUACGUGACUUUGAAAAAGAAUUAAAAACAAAGCGCCCUGUCACGAUUGCCGCUCUGACUGGUCUCGCGCAAGCCGACAUUCAACGCGAUGCCUUUGGGUCUGGUAUGGAUUUGUUCCUGACGAAACCUGUACGAAUGGAUAGUUUAGUGCCAAUAGUAAAGGGCACAACAUGA